CGCGCACAGGCAGCGGAGAUGAACGCAUGGCAGUGCAGUGCAGUGCGCGUCUGCAGUUGGCAUCAUGGCUCACACCAAACACACGAUGUCCGCUGAUGUAGAUAGUCGGAGGCGACGGUCCACGGAGUGUUCAGAGCCCAUCUGGGACCAUGAGCCGAGAGGUCGCCGCUAUAGCUCCCAGUGUGACCGACUGUGUGUGGCUGGUGCUUACCAUGAGAUUCCUGACACCCCCUCUCCCUGUACCUCACAGUAUUUAGGACAUUACACCCCGAAAUGCGUCUCUGCCCACAGGCAUUCCCUGCAUUCACGGUGCACGGAUGACGUUUGGCAGGAGACGAGUAUCAGGACCACCAUCCGAGCGGAAAACGAGGUGGAGGCGCAUAAACUCGCCAACAACUACAAAUUUGGUUUCAGGAAAUGGAAAAGUCACGUGACCGAGCGGCCCAUCGAGGACAGAUCAGAUGUAGUUAAGGAGCUUUAUUCUGAACUCAACUAUAUCAAACAUCAUUCAGGUUCACUGAUCACUAUUGGGAAUUUAGUGUAUGUAUUACUGUUUGGCUGGUGGAUCUCUUUAUUAUACUUCUUGGUUGGUCUGUUAAUGUUCUGCUCCAUUGCUGGAUUCCCAUAUGGAAAACUAUGUUUGCAGCUGUCUGGUUAUUUUUUAUGGCCCUUUGGAAAAGCAUUGAAAAAAAGCAACAGCUCGGUGAGGAAAUGUUGUAUGAAAUUUCCGCAUUGCGAGGCCAUUCCGGAGGAGAUGGAUGAGGUUAAGGAGUCUUUGGAGGAGAAGGAGUCUACGCCUCUGCUGCGCUCCGCUCCUGCCGUCACCACAGAAAUGCCUGUUAUUGCUCCUCCCACCAAACAGAGACGUUACUGGUGUCGGCUGAGCACUUACGUUUGGUUGGUGCUGGGAUACCCCCUGCUGGCUGUGGUUCAUUGCCUGGCCAUCUUCAUCUCCUGGAUGAUCGUUUUUACCAUCCCUGUGGCAAAGAUGAACGCCAGGACCUUGAGCACCAUCCUGCUCAUGCCACCCGAAGAGGUCAAAAUUCACACGGUGAAAAAGCCACACGGCUGUGAGACCAAAGUUCUGCUGUGCUGUUAUCAUGCUUUCAACUGGUAUUACUACAAAUACACUGUGGACGGAAUCAAUGUGUUUGCUGUCAACCUGCUGCCCUUGGUUAUCAUCACUCUGGUGAUCGGAUAUGUGGACAGAGAGCAUUAUUAUGUGAGCUCUGAAGCAAAGUUUGCCACAUCUGUGAGCUCUAUUAUCCCGCUGUCGUACUUCAUUGGAAUGGGAAUAGCAAGUAUUUCAGCACAGAGUAACUUCGCAGUGGGAGCAGUUGUGAACGCCACGUUCGGCUCCAUCACAGAAAUGGCCUUCUACAUCACAGCUCUGCUUCAGGGCCACCGUGCAGGCAGCAGAUGUUAUGCAGAGAUUGUGAAAUCCGCUCUCACCGGCACGCUGCUGGGCUGCAUCCUUUUCAUACCUGGGAUCUGUAUGAUCGUUGGUGGCUGUAAGCAUAGAGAGCAGAGGUUCAACAGCCGGUCGGCUGGUGUCAGCUCUGCCUUGCUCUUCAUAUCUGUGGGAGGUGUUUUUGCCCCCACGCUGUUUUCAAAAGCUUAUGGAAACUUUAUAUGUGAAGGCUGCAACAACUCUCCUAAUAACUCCUCAAAUCCCUUCAUAUGCAACAAUUGCCACUAUGACCUGAGCGAAAACAAUCGACCUCUAUUUUUGAGCCAUAUUGAGCCGUUAGUGUACACCAUAUCUGUCCUGUUACCUGCGGCGUAUCUCAUCGGUCUCAUCUUCACCUUGAAAACCCAUUCGCACAUCUAUGACAUCCACAUCAGCGACGGUCACGUUUUAAGUGACCAUGGUGCAGUGGUCCAUUGGUCUAGACUGAGAGCUCUGGUGGUUCUCAUACUGGCUACCCUCUUGAUGGCAGCUUGCGCGGAUCUCUGCACUGAGAACAUCAGACCCAUCAUUUCUAACUCCAGUGUCUCACAGUAUUUCAUUGGAGUUACUGUGUUAGCCAUGGUUCCUGAGCUCCCUGAGAUUGUCAACGGGAUCCAAUUUGCUCUUCAGAACAACAUCAGUCUCAGUUUGGAAGUGGGAAGCUGUAUCGCAGUGCAAGUGUGCAUGCUGCAAAUACCAUUAUUGAUCUUGUUCAAUGCAUUUUAUGAUGUUGGAUUUGUUCUUUUAUUCAGUGAUUUACACCUGUGGGCGAGCAUCUUCAGUGUUAUCCUGGUCAACUACAUAUUUAUGGAUGGAAAGUCGGACUACUUCCAGGGCACAGCUCUGGUAGUUGUUUAUCUCAUUCUCCUGGCCUUGUACUUUUUUGCACCUGCUCCCCUCGGCUGCUAAGAAAUAUUUGUUUUAUUGUUGAAAUAUCUGUAGUUCGUAUGUUUGUCUUAUAACCUUGUUUUUCCAGCAAAUUAAAUGUCAGAGCCCCAGUGUAACCAGGCUGACAUUUAAGCGCUAA